AUGGGAUCGGGGCCCUUGUGGGGUCGAACUCCUUUCGUGUCACUUCGUGCGCUGGAAGUAUUACCGCCGACGUUGCCGCAUGCAUGUCAAAAAUGUCCUCAGCUCGUGCAAGACACGAGGCUCAAGAAGGGUUUAACGCAGGACGUAAAGGACGGACACAAUCAGCAGUUGGAGACCUACCAAGCAGACGUCGAGGCAGGCCGGGCACCAAGGGUGGCCAAUCCCGACGAAAACUUGUUCGUCUCAUGCCCGCGGAUGAGGCUCAUAUUCUACUUGUACGAGCCGGUACUCAACGUCCUGUUCAAAAUCGGCGUUCCACUGAUUCUGGUGCUCGUGCUGAUGUUGAUGAACUUCCACGAGAACUACGGACCCCUUGACGACACCUUGGGCACUUGUCCUAGCGAGGAACGAGACCCAGGCUAUCUCGCCAACGCCAUCGGCAUCGUGAUCACUGCGGCGUUCGUGAUCCCUGAGCUUGCAUGUAGGAAGGAGUUAGUGAAAUCACCGAAUAUCAGGUGCUUCUCUGUGAACGAAUUAAUGCCGGCGCUCUUUCUGGCAGGACUUGCAUUGGCUACGGUGCGGAAAUGCCUUGUGGUGUCUUUGGGAAUCCUGCUUAACUGCUGGGUGCCUGUGAGCAUGGUCUUCGGCGCUCUACUCCAGUUGUACACUUGCCGGAAACUGAAAAAGGAAACUGCGACGAGCGUCCCGCAAGUGGUGGAAGCUAGUAAAAAUGUCUCGAACUUCGACAUUGACAGGUGGCGCCGAGCGAGCGUUGAGGGUUCAUGCUGAAGAUGAUUAUGACCUUCGAGGACCUCUUCCGGCGCUGAGUGGCACUUGCUGGCCAUCACGCCGCGUAAAAAACAAUUUUGUUUGCGCGAAGAGAGGCCCCGUAAAUGUUGCACUUUUUUGUAUUUGCACCAGAGGUUGUAUAUGUUCAGUUAAAUGGCGAGAGGCGGCCUUAUGUUGUCGUGGGGCAAGGCGCAGACAACACCCUCUACGGGGUUGUACGCCGCGCAAUUCUGACAUUUGAUGCAACUGGCGAUGCUGCACGCCCGUCCGCACGUUCUCUUGAGGUGGCAGAUCACGGUUGGUAAUAGGGGUUGCUGGACGGAGAAUCUCGACAAUUGUUGGCGGCUAAAGGACACACACGAUGCAUAGGGAGACAGCAGUCUCUGCCAGGGAAGGAUUUCCCCGUAAAAUAACUGUCGAUGUUGGGAGAUUUUUUUUAUCUUAUUGGCAAGUUUGUUUUUUCCGCGGCACGCGUCAAGGCCUUUUACUCGUACUUUUGGUUGCUUUAGCAUAACUCAAGGACAAAGUGGUCAUAUGAAAGUACCGGCGGAUGCGUGUGUGUGUGAGUCUUCCCGUUUUAUAAUGGGGGUCAAGGUUCACGGUUUUCUGUAUUUUCUGGACGCAUCAGCUGGGAUCACACAGCACGACAAAGGGAAAUUCGAGAUUUUCGUUGCAUUGUAUCAUAUCAACCUUGCUUCUCCGGAAGGCUAGCGUUGUUUCGCGUGAAGGAAUAUGCCGUUUGUUCUCCUGAAGUCGAAGUUCACGUGUAGACGCGAUACACAAAUCGCUCUUUCCAUACGUUGGUCAUCAAUAUCCAAGUUCGAUUGACUGCGCCGAGGUUUGAAUGCGCGUCCCGGCUGAAGGUGGAAGGUUGCCUUUGUAGUUGCCAGCGGAACGACUCAGUCACUGCUUUGUGCUCAAUCAACGGGUGUGCGUUGAGGAAAAUUCCACACGUAAGGGGACUGAAAACUGGAGAUGUCGAGAGAAGUAAAGCACGGGGUCAGCCG